GCUACAGGCAGCACAAUGGCUGAACACACAAUAUACGCCAAGCGGUGGGGGGGUGUUAUAGGGGGCACUAUUGAACCGCGACUUCUGAAUCUGCCUAAAACCCACGAAGAAGAAGCAACCUCCUCCUUUUCCUCCUCCUCCUCCCUCACCAUGGCGGAAGCAGAGCAGCAGUCAGGAUCGAAUCCCGAAGAUGAAGCAACUACUCCCACAGCAAGCAUCACCUUCAUGGUGCCUAAGAAAGAAAUCAGCAUGGUGCCUGACAUGGGCAAGUGGAAACGAUCUCAAGCAUAUGCUGACUACAUGGGCUUUGUUCUGACACUGAAUGAAGGCAUAAAGGGAAAGAAGCUCACAUGUGAAUAUACUGUUUCUGAGACAGUGGAGAAGUUACUAGAGCUAAUGGGAACUUUGGAUCAGUGGAUAAACGAGACCCCUCCCGUCGACCAGCCUUCACGGUUUGGUAAUAAGGCUUUCAGAACCUGGUACGCUAAACUAGACCAGGAAGCAGAGUCUUUGGUCUCAACAUUGCUUCCUGCAGAAAAAAGUGCUGCAGCUGCAGAGAUAGCAGUCUACCUGAAAGAGUCUGUGGGGAACCCCACCAGGAUAGACUAUGGAACAGGUCAUGAAGCUGCUUUUGCUGCAUUUCUCUGCUGCCUCUGUAAGGUUGGAGCUCUCAGGGUAGAUGAUCAACUGGCUAUUGUUUUUAGGGUUUUUAACAGCUACCUGUCGGUGAUGAGAAAACUGCAGAGGACGUACAGGAUGGAGCCAGCUGGAAGUCAAGGUGUGUGGGGACUGGAUGACUUCCAGUUUCUGCCCUUCAUAUGGGGAAGUUCCCAGUUUGUAGAUCAUCCAACUCUGGAGCCUCGGCACUUCAUUGAUGAGAGAGUGGUAAACGAGCACCACCAGGAUUACAUGUUUCUCGAGUGCAUCAAGUUCAUAAACGAGAUGAAGACUGGUCCGUUUGCCGAACACUCCAACCAGCUGUGGAACAUCAGCGCUGUUCCUUCAUGGUCCAAAGUCAACCAGGGUCUGAUCAGAAUGUACAAGGCAGAGUGUUUGGAGAAAUUCCCCGUCAUCCAGCACUUUAAAUUUGGUAGCCUGCUCUCCAUCCAGCCAGUGAAGCCUUGAACCUCCCGAUGGAACGUCACGCGCAUGAUGGAAAAGACCAAACUCCCCCAGUUGGAACGAACAGCUUCCCCUUCCUGUGGCAUCCUCGUGUGCAAUAUGAACAGUAGCAAGAGAAUCACAGUAGAGUACCCACAUGUAGUCUGAUAGUCAGGCAUCUCCACAUAUGCGUGGUCAUAAAAGGCGUGAAUCAUCCACAAUUAAAUGCAGCAAAUAUUGUGGUUGUGAUUUUGGAGCAUCUUUAUAUUUUUGUUAUUUUAUUUAUAAGUUUGAAUCCAGCUUUUAUUUUGAAGGAUGAACAAAUUUAUGACUGUGUGUUUGCUGUUGCCUACUACUUCAGUUUACCUUUGACUUCAUGGAACCUUCUGAGGCCAAAUGUUUUGAUUUUGUUUAGGAUGUUACCAGUGUUUUCCUGCUCAUGCCUUGGUCACCAUGAUAGCGUUUUCAGAACAUCUUCAUCAUCAGGCACUUUAAUUUUCCUGUUUGAGAAAAAUGUUGAAGUGGAUAUUUACCACUUCCAUUGCAGCUCAUCCAAAAUGGAAAGUAGUGCUUUAAUGUCUUGAUGGCACUUAAGAGAAGAAUCCUCAUCCCAUCUCUCAUUGGUUUUAUUUUUCCCCCAGUCUGGCUGUUACCAGGUAAUGACAGUAGUACGUCCUGUCUCCUUCCUUCUUCACUCAACACGCUCUUCUUUUAUUAUUAUAUGAAUUAUUUGCUUAUGCUGGACUUGUUUUUUUCCUCCAAAUAUAAAAAAGUGUGGAAUAUUUUUUUCUUUUUUACUUCUGAUUUGACUCUGGUUCUGUGUUUCCACCUUAUAAAGAUCCCCUCCAUGUGA